ACUCCUUAAGGAACUCCAAGAGGGUAAGAUCCGGGACUCAGGAAGUCUUCCCAUUUUCCUAUUGCAGGAGGGAACUGCAUGCACAGCACAGGUCCUGAACCAUGGACCGCGGCCAUCCUAGCCUAGAGCCCCAGGCCAAGGGGCCAUGUGUGAUCGCGCCAGUGCGCGCCGUGCUCCGUCUGCGCCGCCGAGUCUGCGUCUUGCGCAAGAGGCGCCUCUUGCAGACCGGCACUGAACCGAGCGUUGGGACGGGGUCACUCGGGUCCAGCGCCAGCUUGGGGACUCUGCGUGCUGACCUAGACCAACCUAAAUUCUUCACCUUCGACAGCCUGACGGAGCUGUCUUCUAGGACACCCCGCAAGAGGCGCAGGCGUAGUCGGGUAGUGCUCUACCCGGAAACCUCACGGAAGUGUCGACCCCGUACAGAGCGGCAGAGUCGUGCACAGCGUUGCCUGCUGCUUCUUGUAGCCAUUGUAGGGUUCCAGGUUCUCAACGCCAUUGAGAAUCUGGACGAUAAUGCACAACGUUACGACCUCGACGGGCUGGAGAAGGCGCUGCAGCGUUCUGUGUUUGGCCAGCCGGCUGCUGUGGGCCGCAUCAUGGCCCUGCUGCGAGACUACCUGGCUACCCAUGUGCACAGUCACCCCUUGCUCCUGGCACUGCACGGGCCCAGUGGUGUAGGCAAGAGUCACGUGGGGCGCCUGCUGGCUCGCCACUUUCGUGCAGUGCUGGAGGAUGGUGCUUUGGUUCUGCAGUACCAUGCACGACAUCACUGUCCAGAGCUACGCCCGGUUCAGGACUGCCGGAAGGAGCUGGCACAGCGUGUGGCAGAUGUGGUAGCACAGGCUGAGGCCGAGGAGAAGACCCCACUCUUGGUCCUGGAUGAGGCUGAACUCUUACCACCUGCGCUGCUGGAUGAGCUGCACGACCUCCUGCAGCCACAGCGCUCUCACCAUUUCCACAAUGCUAUCUAUGUACUCCUAAGUGGCGCUGGCGGUAUAGAGAUCACACACUUUGUGCUGCAGAAUGCGUCACGGAUGUUGCCCUCACUCCGCCACAGUGCAGGCCGUACUCAGACUGAGGAAUCUCCAGCCUUGGAAGAGUUACAAACCAGUCUUCGAGAGCUCCUGGCCCGUGAACACCCUCUGUGGCACACUGCGGCCAUCGUGCCUUUCCUGCUACUGGACAAGCCGGAUGUAGUCAACUGCUUCAGAGAGGAGAUGGCCGGGGAGGGAUUUUUUCCUGAGCAGGCGCAGGCAGAACAUCUGGCGGAGCAGCUCAGCUACUACCAUGUUGCUGGACAUGAAUUCGCCAUCACUGGCUGCAAGCAGGUAGUAGCUAAAGUGAACCUCUUGCAGCACAAGCCUGCACAUGCCGGACAGGAGUCAGUGGGCCCAGGCGUUUGAACUGUUGAAGAAAACAGGAAGGAUGUCAGGUGAUUUGUGGCCCCCAAGCUGGUUCACCCCAGGAGCUAUGGAGGCUGAUGCAGUGCCUCAGCUCCUCUUCCUCUUCACCCCUGAGGUCACCAGGAAAGCAGCUACCUUCCUGUAUGGAGUCUCCCCCAUCCCCCUAGUUCCCACUAUGUCCCUCAUGUCCCAGGAGCAUGCGAUAGGACCUCCAUAACCCUAGGAGGUAGCCAGUGUGUGCUUAUGGUACAGUUGUCUCCGUGUGUGGUUGGGGUAGGAUCGUGGUCCACUGGAACAUGCAGCGGCCUCCAUGCCUCUCACAGACUCCCAGCCACCCCUUGAAUGCCUCUUUAGCUUAGAGCCCAAAGGUGGAGAAUGCUUCUUUAGGCCUGCCUCAGAGGGCCAUGGAGCUGGUAGAAGACUCCAAGCCAGUGAGUAGAUCCAGUGGAAUUCUUCAAAUGCAGUGGAACCUAAGAGGAGACCCAUCCUCUUGAGACUGGCUGCCUGUUUUCCCCAGAGAGACAUGUAGAAUGGUUUUGGAAUCAGUUACAAGGUUCAGAGUUCUGCUCACCACAAGAGGUUAGGAGGAACCUCUACCUCCAGGGAGGUGAUGUGUCUCCACCCACCCUGGGGAGACUUCCUGGGAAACCACUCAAACUCAGGUUUCCCAAGAAAGGCUCACUGGACUCCAGUCUGUCUUACUGCUGAAGAACUUGUACUGGCCCCUUCCAGCCCCUGGCUCUGGAGGGACAGCAGUGGAAGUGAACCAUACCUCGAGCCUUGCUGGCUGUUUAUAGGAAGCAGGAAGCAAGCAUGAGACCCAGUGGGGUGGGGUCAGAUGGGCAGGUCCCAAAACCUCUACCUGCCUGUGCUGUGCUGGACUUGACGUCCUCUUCCCUAGCAGUGUAACUGUCUGGUUACCACAGUUACGUGGGGUGAGGGUCCCUGUAGCCUUUGGCGUCCUAGGUUCAACCCCUGUCUCCCAUUUGUGUGGAAUUGGCUAGGCAUGAGGUUUCUUAGUACUCCGGCCAUGUCUGUGCUGCCACCUGGUGGCUGCACCCAGACUUUGCCUUGAAUGCUCAUCAUUCUGGGUUAGAAAGUGAGGCUUGAGGGCACGCAGCAGGUGGUGACUAGGCGAGAUUAGAGAGGAGGAGCCCCUCAAUGGGGGUGCUGUGUCCUCCCCUACACUAGGGGAGACCUGCUGCAAAAGCACACAGGUUCAGGCUUCUGUACAGGGCAUUGAUUUAGUGAGGAUCCAAACCCAUGCCGCGUUGUUUUCUCUUUAUUUAUUUAUAAAACUGUGCACUUCUAAAAUAAUUUCUCGGAGGCUAAUUUCUGGUCUAAAGAGGCCUGUACACUCAGCACUGAGCAGGUUACAUCAUGCCCAUGAAUAAACCAUAGUUCUAAGCUAC